AAGGCGAGACCGAUCCUGGGUUCCACAUCAGGUUCGACCUGCACUUCAUCUCAGCGAUUAAUACACGUUUCAUAGUCUCUUCGAUGCCAUAGAUGUCCGGGAAUGCAAACUGUGGGAGCUGAAAACGCUCACCAUAGGGCCAGACAGGAACAGAUCAACGUGACUACAUUAAGCGGCUGACUCCUGCCAUCCACGUAAUCGGCACCACAUCAUGCCAUUUCCAAGUUCGGGGUGCGAAACGUGCAAGAUCCGGCGAAUAAAGUGUGACGAGACCCAGCCGGUAUGCCGAAAAUGCAUCAGGGCACACCGAGUCUGCCGGGGAAUGGGUAGUGGGCCAAGCUCGUAUGUUGUACAUAGUGAAAACUCGUACGCUAGCGGGCAGCAUAAGCGUCCUCGAGGCCCGCGCUCGAUACGGAAAACUGAUGGUGCUUCUUCGCUCGCCACGUCAUCGCAGCCCCCGCCAGCAGGCGUAGAUCUCAAGGCCCUGGCAAUUGCUGAAUAUUUGAAGAAUCACCUGGUUAUACCAAAGGAAACACCAAGCAUUUUAAGAUCGACUGAUGGUGAUCUGCUCCCUAUAUGGACAGCCAAGGGAGAACACCCGAUCCUCGACCAUGCUGUGUCUGCGAUUGCUCUCGCUUUGUUUUCGCGGCUGCAUAAUUACCCACCAGCGGUUACCGAGGCUUCUUUGGAAUAUGAUCGGUUGUUACCGAUAGUUCGAGAGUCGAUGCCUACACUUGAUGGCGGAAAUAUUGAUUCUUACCUGCUUGCUGUCUUCUUCAUGAGCCGGUAUGAGGAUGCAGUCCACAUCCCCGAGCUGAGCCCAGCAAAUGGUUCAGUAGAAUCGAAAUGUAAUAAAUACACCAGCUUUUCGCAUCACGACGGGGCACUUGCGGUGUUGAAAAUGUGGAAGGAGCAUCUCAGUCACCAUCAGCCAGUAUCAAAUGUAAUAAAGCACACGAGGCGAGGAUUGAUCAGAUCUGCCCUGCUUCGGAAAACCGCGUUGCCGGAGUGCCUCAUAAAUGGCGCAGCGUUUGGCGAGCGUGGUAUAGAUCUUGAAUAUGAUAAUAUCGUUGUGCGGCUAGUGCAUGUCCGAGAACGAUUGGCGGUGCUGCUCAAGCAUGCAGGAGCAGGAGAAAUCAACUGUCACGCGCGAACUACGGCAUUGGAGGCACUGGACAGCGAGACGCAAUCAAUUGACAAAGCGCUACAAGACAUGACGACUCAUUUCCCCAGUACAUGGUCCUAUAAACGACAUACCCGGCCAGUAUCUACCCAUUCUUACCCCACGCAAGACUUUUUUCAAUCCGUGGUUUAUAGCUAUUCGAAUGUGAUGUAUGCUGGAGUUUGGAACCUAUAUUUUGCUACAAGGAUGCUUAUCAACAACACCCGUUUAGACAUUCUCGAAACAACCAAAUUUACACCCUACGAUCAGACUCUAGGAUGCUCCUCAGUUUUGAACAGCAUCGCCAACGAUUUAGCGUCCAGCUUGCCGUAUUGUUUUGGGAAAUUCAGGGUUAUCCAGACACAAAACUCGCUAGAGGAUGUUGUUGCGGAAGUAGAGGGUGCAAAUUUUGAGUUCAAUGUAGUUCGUACCGCCGCAUGGCCAUUGACCAUUGCUUCCGGCCUAGGCUAUUUGGACCAGGAGCAAAAGUCGUGGUUUCAGGCUUUGCUUCUCCGUAUUGGGAAACUUUCGGGGUUUGGAUCUCUCGAGUCUGUUGGGUCCCGAGGCGGCUUGAAUCUUUGAUUUGAUCAGUUAGCAUUUUAUACCUUAGGAUGAAGUAUUGAUUGAAAAAAAACAUUGCACG